UUGCUAUGUGAGAUUAGCAUAAGCGCGUGUCUCUCCUAGACGGCAUGUCUGACUCAACGGUUCCAUGUUACAAGCGAGUUGUUGUUUUCAUUGGCAGGACAGGAUCAGGAAAAUCUACUUGUGCAAACGCUUUGGCGGGCGACUUUGAUUCAUUCAAAGAAAGCGACGGUUCGGUAAGCGAAACGAAGUUCGUGGAAGCCAAAACAGUUCGUGUCGAUCCGCCAGAAGGAAAAGUCUACGAUGUGAAGAUUGUAGACACGAUUGGCAUCGGUGACACUAAACUGUCCCCUGACGAAGUCUUGCAGCGAAUCGCGGCCGCCUGCCAUGAAUGCAAAGAAGGAAUCAAUGCCGUGCUGUUUGUCACACGUGGACGCAUUACAAAAGAAGAAGUGGAUGCUUGGGACGUCAUGUGGCAAGUUCUGUUUGGAAGCGAAGUUCUUGAGCAUACAGCUAUCGUACGAACGAAUUUUAAAAAGUUUCAAGAUCCGAAUAAAGUCGCAGACGACAAAAAGAAGUUGAGAGAAGAAGGAGGACCUGCUGCAAACAGAAUCUUGCCCUUUGUGAAACACUUUCUGUAUGUUGACAAUCCACCUGAAGAGUACGGAGGGAAAGAAAUACGUGAGAAAUCACGUGAAAUCUUACUUAAACAUCUGAUCGUCAACUGUGAAAAGGUUUUCCAACCGCCGGUUAUGAGCGAGGUCGAUCAACGAAUUUCCCAGCACGCAAACGCACAUCAAGAAGCACUACAGAAGCAAGAGCAAAUGGAAGCUGAGCUAAAAAAAGCUCACGAUGAAACGGAACGACUCCGGAUUCAAGUCGAAGUAGACAAAGCUAUUAGAAAAAAGGAAAAAGCAGGCAAAGCAAUGGCGCUAGCAAUGAAGGCCAUCAUUGAACAACAAUCAGAAUUAGCAAAGAAAAUGAAAGAGCAACAAGAACAGCUAGAAGGUAAACUAAAAAAAACUCGCGAUGAAAUGGAACAACUCCAGAUUCAAGCAGAAGUAAACAGACAGAGAGAAGAAUCACACAAGGCAACUCAACGGAAAACAAUGGAGCAGCAAAAACAGCUAGAAGCUGAGAAAGAGAAAGCUCACGAUGAAAUGAAACGACGCCGGCUUCAAGACGAAUUAUACAGAGCUAACAGAGAGAAGGAAUCAAGCAAAGCAAAGGCGCGAGAAAUGGAGCGGAAAGAAGCUGAACGAGGCGUGGCAGAAAAAUUACUGUCAGCAGGUGGAUCGCUAAUUGACAAAGGAAGUAAAUUCGUAGUAAAAACCGCCGAAGACAAUUGUUCUGUAAUGCAUAAGCGCGUGUCUCUCCUAGACGGCAUGUCUGACUCAACGGUUCCAUGUUACAAGCGAGUUGUUGUUUUCAUUGGCAGGACAGGAUCAGGAAAAUCUACUUGUGCAAACGCUUUGGCGGGCGACUUUGAUUCUUUCAAAGAAAGCGACGGUUCGGUAAGCGAAACGAAGUUCGUGGAAGCCAAAACAGUUCGUGUCGAUCGGGCAGAAGGAAAAGUCUACGAUGUGAAGAUUGUAGACACGAUUGGCAUCGCUGACACUACACUGUCUCCUGACGAAGUCUUGCAGCGACUCGCGGCCGCCUGCCAUGAAUGCAAAGAAGGAAUCAAUGCCGUGCUGUUUGUCACAGGUGGACGCAUUACAAAAGAAGAAGCGGAUGCUUGGGAAAUCAUGUGGCAAGUUCUGUUUGGAAGCGAAGUUUUUGAGCAUACAGCUAUAGUACGAACAAAUUUUAGAAAGUUUCAAGAUCCGAAUAAAGUCGCAAACGACAAAAAGACGUUAAGAGAGGAAGGAGGACCUGCUGCAAACAGAAUCUUGCCCUUUGUGAAACACUUUCUGUACGUUGACAAUCCACCUGAAGAGUACGGAGGGAAAGAAAUACGUGAGAAAUCACGCGACAUCUUACUUACACAUCUGAUCGUCAACUGUGAAAAGGUUUUCCAACCGCCGGUUAUGCGCGAGGUCAAAGAACGAAUUUCCCAGCACGCAAACGCACAUCAAAAAGCACUACAGAAGCAAGAGCAACUGGAAGCUGAGCUAAAAAAUGCUCGCGAGGAAAACGAACGACUCCGAAUUCAAGUCGAAGUAGACAAAGCUAGCAGAGAGAAAGAAGAUGAAAGCAAAGAAAUGACGCUAGCAAUGGAGUACAUCAUUAAACUGCAAGCAAACCAAGAAGCAAUGAAGAGACAAGAACAGAUGCAAGCUGAGGUAGACAAAACUCACGAUGAACUGAAACGACUCCGGAUUCAAGUCGAAGUAGAUAGAGCUAGGAAAGAAGGGGAAGAAGCAGGCAGGGCACGUGGUAACACAUCACCAAUAUUUGACAAAGGAGGUGACUUCGUAGCAAAAACCGCCAAAGAGACUUGUUCUGUAAUGUGACUAGGCUUGAUCUGUGAAAUAUUCUGCACGCUAAAUCUAUAGUAACAACUGUCUUUGGUGCCUGCACGUGUCUCAAGUUAACUUUAGUGCUUUUUAAAUGAAUGCAAGAUGAUCAUGUUUUCGAUGUGUAACAAUUUGAGUUCGAAUGGCAUUAAAAUUAAAAUUUUGAAUAAACAGUGUCAUAUGGUAUGAGGCAAUCGACUCUUGACAGCAGAAUAGUGCAAUCCGUAUAUUUAAA